AUGGGAAAUAGAUCUGUUAGAAAUAAGUGUCUAUUAUGCUUUUAUGAUCUUUCCUCCCUUGACUCAACGUGGUGCUUUUAUGAUCUUUCCUUGGGCUUAUGCUUGACACAAGGUCCUAACCCUUCAAAUUCCGUGGGCUAUACAUCUGCUGCUUUUCAUCCCGAUGGACUCAUCCUUGGAACAGGCACCACUGACUCCACUGUUAGAAUAUGGGAUGUAAAGAGUCGGGGAAAUGUUGCCAUCUUUGAUGGACACACGGGGGCAGUUACGGUCAUUUCUUUCUCAGAAAAUAGUUACUUACUUGCAACUGCAGCACAUGAUGGUGUUAAGUUGUGGGAUCUGCGCAAAUUAAAGAACUUCCGGUCAUUUGAAUUAUAUGAUCAAGAUACACCAACAAACUCUGUUUUAAUUCUGUAUUUUGUCAGUGGGAGUUACCUAGCAAUUGCAGGCUCGGAUGUACGAAUCUACCAAGUUGGAAGCGUCAAAGCAGAAUGGAAUUGCAUCAAAACUUUACCUGAUUUAUCUGGCACUGGUAGAGCAACUUGUGUCAAACUCGGUUCAGGUGAAAAGUACUUGGAAGUUGGAUCAAUGGAUCGUAACCUCCGCAUAUUUGGCCUUCCCGAAGAAGAUGCUUCAACAGAGCCCUAAAAUCCUCCUGUCGUAUUUUGUGGUCAUCGACGAGAAGUAAAACUCGAGUGUUUGAGGUCUGUUCAAAUGUUUAGUUUAGUU